AUGGAACGUGCAAAGAACUCUCCGAUUCAGAUCCGUUCUUCAAUCUUACCAUUACUAGCUUGCAUUUCUUCCUUUUACCUCACCGCAUCCUUCGCCGACACCGUCACCAGAGAAGAAGCUAAACAACUCCGUAACGAAGUCGGUGAAAUGUUCUAUCACGCUUUUAACGGUUACAUGGACAACGCUUUUCCACUCGAUGAAUUGAAGCCUCUAUCGUGUUCAGGAGAGGAUACGCUUGGCGGUUAUGCAUUAACCUUGAUUGAUUCGUUGGAUACUUUGGCUUUACUUGGUGACCGUGAGCGGUUUACUGCUUCUGUUGAAUGGAUUGGUAAAAAUCUUCGCUUUGAUAUGAUAAAUAAGACGGUUUCUGUUUUUGAGACUACUAUUAGGGUUCUUGGAGGAUUGAUUUCAGCUCAUCUAAUCGCUUCUGAUUAUGCUACGGGUAUGAGAGUUCCAUCGUAUGAUAAUCAGUUACUGAACUUGGCUGAAGAUCUUGCAAGGAGGUUGUUACCUGCAUUUGAUACUCCUACUGGAAUUCCAUUUGGGUCUGUAAAUUUGUUACAUGGAGUUGAUAAACAUGAAAGCAAGAUAACUUCAACAGCUGGCGGUGGAACCUUGACUCUUGAAUUUGGUGUUCUAAGCCGUUUGACAAAUGAUCCUAUUUUUGAACAAGUCACCAAGAAUGCAGUGCUUGCAAUUUGGGCACAACGCUCAAAACUUAAUUUGGUUGGGGCUCAUAUUAAUGUUUUUACAGGUGAAUGGACUCAAAAGGAUGCUGGGAUAGGAACUAGUAUCGACUCUUUUUAUGAGUAUUUAUUGAAGGCUUAUCUAUUAUUUGGAGAUGAAGAGUACCUGUAUAUAUUUCAAGAAGCUUAUGCUGCUGCCAUGCAUUAUCUUUACCAUGAUCCUUGGUAUGUAGAAGUUAAUAUGGAUUCUGCUGCUAUUGUCUGGCCAUUAUUUAACAGUCUGCAGGCAUUUUGGCCUGGCCUUCAGGUUUUAGCUGGAGAUAUAAAUCCGGCAACUCGUACUCAUGCUGCCUUCUUGAGUGUCUGGAGAAGAUAUGGUUUUACCCCCGAGGGCUUUAAUCUUGCUAGUCUAAGUGUUCAGCAUGGGCAAAAGAGUUACCCGCUGCGGCCUGAGUUAAUAGAGAGCACAUAUUGGCUAUACAAAGCUACCAGAAAUCCUAGAUAUCUUGAUGCUGGGAGGGACAUGCUUGCUAGUUUACAGUAUGGGACUCGAUGCCCUUGUGGAUACUGUCACAUUUCAGAUGUUGAACAUCACAAACAAGAAGAUCAUAUGGAGAGUUUCUUUUUAGCUGAGACUGUGAAGUAUCUGUGGCUCCUUUUUGAUUUGGCCGUGGGUCCUGAUAACCUUGUGGAAAAUGGGCCAUACAAGUAUGUAUUCAGCACUGAAGGUCAUUUAUUGCCUGCUACUCCUCAAAUCUCUCUUGUGAGGGAACAUUGUUUAUACUAUGGGGCUUAUUGUAGAAGUGGUGAUUUGAGACAAACUUAUUUUGUGUCUGAGGCUGAGAGAGUUAAACACGAAUCAAAUGAUAGUAGAUUUUAUGGGAGCUGGACUAAAUCUACAUACUCCUCAGACUACACUACUUCUGAAGCAAGUGCUUCUUCUGGUUUGAUCAAGGGUUUCUGCCCUGGACUAAAUCAUGGACAGAAGUUUGGUUUAUUGUACAUGCAUUCUAACGAAGAACAUAGUGAUCAUGAAACCGUCCAACAGGAAGAAUCUACAACUGUUCAAACCCAUUCAGUGAUGGUUCUUCCUGCACAGAGUUCUGACAGUUCGGUACCUGAUUCUGGCAAUGAUCAUAAUGAUACUCAGAUUAGUGAAUCAGAAGUUACUUCUUGA